GGCUUCUACAAAAGCAUGGAGCUCCCCCAAAGGAGUAUUGGCGAGGUUGUAUAUGCAUCUUGUCUGCAGGGAGCCCCAGAGUUUUUGGGGAAAGCUCCAUCUUGUCCUCUCCCCUCCCAACAGGCUGCUGUGGCUGCAUCAGGGCUCAACACCCAGCUCGAAGGGGAUGGCCCCUUCACACUCUUGGCCCCCACAAAUGAGGCCUUUGAGAAGAUCCCUGCUGAGACCUUGAACCGGAUUCUGGGUGACCCGGAGGCCCUGCGAGACCUGCUGAACAAUCACAUCCUGAAGACAGCCAUGUGUGCAGAAGCCAUUGUCGCAGGGAUGUCUGUGGAGACCCUGGAGGGCACUACGCUAGAGGUGGGCUGCAGUGGGGAAAAGCUCACCAUCAAUGGGAAGGCCAUCAUCUCCAAUAAAGAUGUCAUGGCCACCAACGGUGUGAUCCACUUAGUUGACGAGCUGCUCAUCCCUGACUCAGCCAAGACGGUAUUUGAGUUGGCCAUGGAGUCUGACGUUUCCACAGCCAUUGACCUUUACAGACAAGCCGGCCUUGGCACUCAUCUCUCCGGAAAUGAGCGGGUGACACUCCUGGCCCCCCUGAAUUCUGUAUUCAAAGAUGGAGCUCCGCCUGUUGAUGCCAAUACCAAGAAUUUGCUUCUGAACCAUGUGAUUAAAGAUCAGCUGGCCUCCAAAUAUCUGUACCAUGGACAGACCCUGGAUACCCUGGGUGGCAAAAAACUUAGAGUUUUUGUUUAUCGCAAUAGCUUGUGCAUCGAGAACAGCUGCAUCGCUGCCCACGACAAGAGGGGGAGGUAUGGGACUCUGUUCACCAUGGACCGGGUGCUGACACCUCCGAUGGGGACCGUCAUGGACAUCCUGAAAGGCGACAGUCGCUUCAGCAUGCUGGUAGCCGCCAUCCAGACUGCAGGGCUGACGGAAACGCUCAACCGGGAAGGGGUCUACACAGUCUUUGCGCCCACUGACGAAGCCUUCCAAGCCAUGGAGCCAGAAGAACGGAACAAACUCUUGGGCAAUGCCAAAGAACUUGCCAAUAUUCUGAAAUACCACAUUGGUGACGAAAUCCUGGUCAGUGGAGGCAUUGGGGCCCUGGUGCGGCUGAAGUCUCUCCAAGGCGACAAGCUGGAAGUCAGCUCAAAAAACAAUGCAGUGUGUGUCAAUAAGGAGCCUGUCGCUGAGGUUGAUAUCAUGGCCACUAAUGGCGUGGUCCAUGCUAUCUCCAGUGUUCUGCAGCCACCAGCCAACAGACCUCAGGAACGAGGGGAUGAACUUGCAGACUCUGCGUUUGAAAUCUUCAAACAGGCAUCAGCAUUUUCCAGGGCUUCCCAGACCUCUGUGAAACUAGCCCCGGUCUAUCAGCGGUUAUUAGAGAGGAUGAAGCACUAGUGCAAGGACCGCAGGAAGAAUACACUUCGGUAGCUCCCGCCAAUUUCUCUCAGUUUGCCAAAGAGACUGAAUGUUUUUGAAACCAAAUAUCACACUUCAAUGUACAUGGGCCACACACUAUAAUGAGAUCUGAGCCUUGGGUGAGUGGGGGUGGGGGGGGAGGGAGACAGAGAGACAUGUAUUUCCCCCGACUCCUAAAACAUGGCUGUUAACCCACCGCAUGCAGAGACCUGGAUGUUGCUGCUUAGCAUUCACUUCCAGAGAGGACCUGUCCCAAAUGUGGAAUCUCCUGCCUGUGCCAAGUGCUCUGGAAAAGAAGUUUAGUGGAACUCACAAAACAUGAAUCAAGCAAGCUGGCAUGACGGGGAGUCCUGGCACGGGUUUUGUAAAGCUCUUUCCCAGCUGGAGAAAUGGCAUCAUUAUAAGCUAUGAGUUGAACUGUUCUUUCAAGCAUGUCUCGCACCUCCACGUGGCUUGGACACUCCUGUGUGGCCUGUCCAGGUAGAAAAGAGAGGGUAGGGAGAGCCCUCAGAGCCCAGGAUUUCCCAGGUGUGGCAGAGCCCUGGUGUGUUUGUAAUAAUAAAACCAAAGAAACAUACUCCCGCGUGGAUGGGACCUGGGUAUUCACAAGAGCCAGGUUUCUGUCCCUGGGGCUGUGUUGCUGCUUCAUACUGAGCUUCCACCCAGAGCAGUUGGGCAGGGAUCCCUGAGGGACUUGUUUGUUUCUGUCUCCACCAGCCCUGGGGUCUUGUGUUCCUCAAUAUUCACUUCUCCAUUUACGCCUCUUGUUGGCCUGAACCCUUGGCCUUCCUUCCAACCUCACCACUCCCGCCUCUGUUAGACUUUGGAAUCCUCUCUCAGCACCACCCUGUGAAGUGGUUGCUGGCACCGCCCAUUAUUCAGAAGCGGCUCAGGAAUGGGAAAGCCACUGAUAAUGUAGAAAAUGGCGAGCUGGGACUAAAACCCAUGUCUCCUGGUCUCCCAGCUACCACCAUUUGACAAGCCAGCAAAUGCAGGUUUCGCAGACUCAGACCCUCUUUGCCAACCCACGUUCAAACCCCUUCCUGGUUCAUUCUUUCAUCUCCAUCUUUAAGUGUCCUCAGCACCAAGAGGCAGUAUAGCAUGGCUGUGG